AUGACAUCCCGCAAGGAGAACCAGAAGGCUUCCCCUAUCUUGCCUAAGCAAGGCAGGGACUCUGAUUCAAGUCCUGCAAAGGUCAAGCACAACCAAAGUGCCAAACAAGGAGCAGACGAAGGCGCCCACAAUCAAGGUGGGACCUCUCCUGCUGCUGCAACUAAGCAUAGAAACCCUUCUAGCCAACAGACUUCUUUUGUUACAGGGAGAACUGGCACAAGCAAGGGACCAACUGCGGAAGCUAAGACUGGACACCAACCCAAUAUAAAGCAACCAGCUGAGGGGAGGGAGGACAGACACAACACGAAAGGGUUAAUUAAGAACCAAGCUUCUGGGGAGGGACAACCUAGAAGGAUUGACUUUAAUCCUAAGAAGGAUGACAAGGAACAAGGGGCAGAAAGUGCCAAUGAACCAAUGGAUACUACAAGCGGAAGUAUUCUAGAGGUUAAGAAGAGCGCUAUGGCCGUCGACAAAUGA